AUGCCAAACUUCACUAGAAUAACAGAAUUCAUCCUUAUGGGAUUUUCAGACACCCAAGAGCUACAGACUGUCUGUGGAGUGUUCCUUUUGGUAAUGUACCUAGAAGUCCUGAUGAGUAAUUUCCUCAUAAUCACUCUCAUAACCCUGGAUCUGAAGCUCCAAACACCCAUGUACUUCUUUAUAAAGAAUUUGUCCCUGUUAGACAUCUUUCUUAUGUCUGUCUCUAUCCCAAGUUUCUUUGUCAAUAGUAUAAUUCAUAACAGUUCCAUCUCUUUUCUGGGUUGUGCCUUCCAGACACUUUUCAUGACUUCCUUCUUAGCAAGUGAGGUAUUUUUCCUGACUGCCAUGUCCUAUGACCGCUACGUUGCCAUCUGUUGUCCUCUGCACUAUGAGGCCAUCAUGAGUAGUUGUACCUGUAUGUUGAUGAUGUGUGUUUCCUGGGCUACUGGGCUACUAUUUGGAAUUCUAUACACAGCUGUCACCUUUUCCAUGAAUUUCUGUAACUCCAAUGUGAUCCUACAGUUUUUUUGUGAUGUUCCCUCAUUGUUAAGGAUCUCCUGCUCUAAAACACUUGUGGUCAUUUAUACAAGUCUUGGGCUUGGUAUGUGUCUAGGCAUGUCUUGCUUUAUUUGUUUGAUGAUCUCUUACUUUUACAUUUUCUGCACUGUGAUGAAGAUUUCCACUACUAAAGGUCAGUCUAAAGUGUUUUCCACCUGCAUCCCACACCUCACUGUUUUCACUAUUUUCUUUGCUACUGCUUGUUUUGUUUAUCUGAAGCCUCCCUCAAAAACACCAUUAGUUACAGACAAAUUGUUUUCUGUGCUCUAUACUGUGUUGCCUCCAGCACUUAAUCCUGUGAUCUACAGCCUGAGGAACAGUGACAUCAAGUGCGCUCUGAAAAGGUUACAGCAAAAUCUCUGCUCAAAAGAUUCACUUCAUUUAAUACUUCAAACUAUCUGUUAG